AUGCUUAGUUUGGUGAAGAUUCAUUUUGAGAAACAGCCUCCAUCUAAUUUGCGUAAAAGCAAUUUCUUCCACUUUGUUCUUUCAUUUCAUGAUUGCAAUCAGCGGCUAGUAGAAGUGGAAAUGGCUAAAUUUGUUGAUUUCAUACAAGAUAUCAGAGUAAGUGAUAAUGUGGUGAUCAGUAACGGAGCUACCUACAAGCUACACCUUCGUUUUGAUAAUGGAUUAAAAAUCGAGAAGGAGUUAUGCAUUCGCCUAGUUGACUCCGUGAGUAAAGAGUUGAUCAGAUAUGAAGGUCAGGAGAAAAAUAGCGAAUUAAGGCGUGUACUUUUGACACAUGAAAUUAUGUGCAGUCGCUGCUCAGAGAAAAAGUCUUGCGGAAACAGGAAUGAAACACCUUCAGACCCAGUCAUCGUCGACAAGUACUUCAUCAAGGUUUUUUUGAAAUGUAAUCAAAAUUGCCUCCGAAAUGCAGGAAAUCCCCGCGAAUCCAGACGAUUUCAGCUGGCGAUAUGUGCUUCAAGCAAGUCCCUCGAGGAUGUAUUGUCAUAUUCUGAUAACAUCUUUGUGCAUAACAACUCAAAAUAUGGAAGGCAGCCCAAAAAGCAGGGCAGCAAUGAUAAUGAAUCACCGCGAAUAAGAGCAUUAUGUCCAGAUGAAGGCUGGGUUACAGGAUAUACAAGUGUUGUUAUUAUUGGCGAUAACUUUUAUGAAGGAUUGCAAGUAGCGUUUGGAAAUGUUUAUGUUUGGAGUGAGUUAAUUUCGCCUCAUGCCAUAAAGGUGCAAACACCACCUAUGCAGUCACCUGGUACAGUUGAUGUAACCCUCUCAUUUAAGUCCAGACAGUAUUGCAGGAAUAAACCUGGAAAGUUCAUGUAUUCAGCUGUGGAGCCAACCUUAGAACUACGAUUUCAACGAUUAGCGCAGAUGAUGCCUGGGUAUACGGGGGAAACAGAUCGACUUGCCAAGGUAAAUAAAUGUGCUAGUGAGAGGAUUAUAUUCGCUUAUUACUUACGACUGAGAGCUUUAAUUAUGUAA